AUGGCCGAAGACAAGAAGUAUUCUGGAGAGUACGUCCGCGAGGCGUAUCCUGGUGACGAUAUCCAACAUGGCCAAAUGACCGACAACUCCGACGACCUGCAGCGUCACCUUGGUAACCGCCAAAUUCAGCUCAUCGCUAUUGGUGGUUCCAUCGGUACUGCUCUGUUUGUGUCAAUCGGUGGUGCUCUCAACAAGGGUGGUCCCCUCGGUCUACUCCUCGCAUACACUGGAUACUCUUGCAUCAUCGCUCUCGUGAACAACGCCAUGGCCGAGAUGGCCAGUUUCAUGCCUGUCUCCGGAGGCUUCAUCCGAAUGGCUGGAAAAUGGGUUGAUGAGUCCCUAGGCUUCAUGGCUGGCUGGAACUUCUUCUUCUACGAGGCUCUGCUGAUUCCGUUCGAGAUCACGGCCCUUAACAUUGUGCUGCGGUUCUGGAGAGAUGACAUUCCAGUCGCUGCUGUCUGUGCGGGCGUCAUUGUCCUAUACGCUGCUUGCAACAUCUUGGCUGUAAAGGCUUACGGUGAAGCUGAAUUCUGGCUCUCUGGAGGCAAGGUUCUGCUGAUCCUCAUCCUCUACUGCUUCACCUUCAUCACCAUGGUCGGAGGUAACCCCCAGAAGGAUGCUUACGGUUUCCGACACUGGCGCGACCCGGGCCCAAUGCCCGGGGGCAGCUCCCUCGAUCGUUUCGAAGGCUUCCUCGGCUCCCUUUGGGCUGCCUCCUUCUGCAUUGUUGGUCCUGAGUACAUUUCCAUGGUCUCCGGUGAGGCCAAGCGCCCACGCGCCUACAUCAAGACUGCAUUCAAGACAGUUUACUUCCGAUUCGGUGCCUUCUUCAUCCUCGGCGCUCUUUGCGUUGGCGUUGUUCUGGCCUACAACGACCCAGAGCUCGUCAGUGUCUUGGAGGCAGGAGAGAGCAGCGCUGCCGCGUCUCCCUACGUCAUCGCCAUGAAGAACCUCAACAUUGGUGGCCUUCCCCAUCUCGUCAACGCCCUCUUGAUCACGAGUAUCUUUUCUGCCGGAAACACGUACACGUACUGUGCGACUCGCAGUCUGUACUCGCUCGCUAUCGAGGGCCGCGCUCCUAAGUUCCUGCGCAAGUGCACCAAGAACGGUGUUCCUAUCUACUGCUUUGCGGUAGUCAUGAUCUUCCCGUUCCUGUCCUUCCUCCAGCUGUCUUCCGACUCCGCCAAGGUCCUGACCUGGCUCGUCAACAUCAUCACCGCCGGAGGUAUCAUCAACUACAUCGUCAUGUGCGGUACCUACCUCGCAUUCUACAAGGCUUGCAAGGUCCAGGGUCUCGACCGUAAGACCCUCCCUUACUGCGGUUACUUCCAGCCCUACGGUACCUGGUUCGCGCUAUGCUUCGAAAUUUGCGUUGUAUUCGUGUACGGUUACAGCACCUUUGUGGGAGAAUUCUCCAUCGAGUCUUUCUUCACAUACUACACCAUGGUUGGUGUUGCUCCGAUCCUGUUCGUGUUCUGGAAGGUCCUCAAGAGGACGAAGUGGCUGAAGCCGCAUGAGGUUGACCUUGUCUGGGAUGCUCCUCUCAUCGACGCCUACGAGGCCUCCUUCAUCACACCGCCUGUCGGCUUCUGGACCGAGAUGCUUCAGCUCAUCGGACUGAAGCGCAACGUCCCCGUGGACAAGCGUGCUGUUUGA